CAGAUAUUCUACUCCAUUUUUCUGGGAUACCCGAUCCAUACUUUGGAUUGGCUCGUAGAGCCCUGCAAACUUGAUCUUCUCUUCUGGAUCCUUGGGGUCAAAAGUCAUCUGGAGACGGCUGGGAUCCGAGAAAGCACGGUGCAUUUUGUGCAGCGAACCUACAUUGAUGACUUUGGCUUCCGCCGCACGCUCUCCGGAUUGCACUCUGGCGACGAGUUUCUCUUGAAAUCUUACGGCGAUCUGGCUCUUGCAACAUGGCCUACGAGGAGGAAUACCUCCUUGACAGGGAGCGUCACGUAAAAUAUUGGAAAAGGUGUGCGCAAAUCCUGCCCGAACCUUACACCUCAGGCGAAGCCAGCCGAAUGAGUUUCGGCUUCUUCAUCGUGGCUGCGCUGGAUCUGCUAGGAGCACUCGACAUCGUCAUCACGCCAUCCGAGAAACAUGGUUGGAUCGAGUGGAUAUACACCUGUCAGGUCCCUCACACAGGCGGCUUCCGAGGUUUCACAGGCACCAUGCUGGGUGGCCAGAGGAGUUACCACAACUGGCACUGGGAUCCCGCCAACCUGCCAAAUACCUACUUUGCGCUGGCUACUUUGGUGAUUUUGGGAGAUGACCUUUCCAGGGUGAAGAGGAAAGAAUGCCUUGCCUGGGUGGCUGGUUUGCAAAGGCCCAAUGGUAGCUUUGGGGAAUUCCUCGGAGAGGACGAUCAGGUCGAAGGGGCGGAUGAUCCAAGACUCUGCAUGUGCGCCGUAGGCAUUAUCAGAAUAUUACAAGGAUAUGGGGAGCACGCGGAAAGGUCGCAGUUCGACGAAGCAGCCUUGCAGAGGUAUAUUGCCAAUUGUCAGUCUCAUGAAGGCGGGAUUGGUCAAGCUCCGCUUCUCGAAGCUCACUCCGGGCUGAAUUACUGUGGCAUCGCUGCACUCUCAUUUCUCGCGCUGCUUCAACAGCCUGUGGUAUCCGUGCAGGAGAUGGCAGAACGAGCCAACGUCGACACUGCCAUCUGUACCAGAUGGAUGCUAGAUCGACAAACAACAUGGAUAGAAGAGGACGAGGACGAAGACGAGGACGAAGAGGGUCAACCUGGAGACCGAGCCGAUACGGGCAGCAACCACGAAGCUCAGCCGUCGUCCUUUGAUGUCUCCGGCAUGCACACCAGCCUGGUCACGCAGGGGUUGAUUGCUGGAUUUUGCGGCCGUUGUGGGAAGAUUGCAGACACUUGUUACUGCUUCUGGAACGUGGGAGCCCUUGCAAUUCUGCAACAGCAUCAUCUCGUUGAUGUCGACUCGUUGAGGAGAUAUCUUCUGGGAAAAGUCACCCACGUUAUCGGAGGAUUUGCGAAAGGCCCUGGCGAACUGCCGGAUCUCCUGCACUCAUAUCUUGGGCUUGCAACCCUGGCAAUAUACAAUGAGCCCGGGCUGAAAGAGCUGGAUCCCACAUUUUGUAUCAGCAAAGAUGCCGUACAGAGAUUGAGCAAGGUCGCGCGGUGGCAAAGCUAGGAUUUAUACGACUUGUGCUUGUACUCGUAAGUAAGGGGGAGCUUUGGUGAGGCGCAGCAAGCCCCUCAGAUGGCCCGACUGCGGUCGAUUUUCGUAUUCCAUUGUCCAUUCUGGCUCCUCCCGCUGGCCGCCCAGGACAUGGCCACACGUGGCCCUGGCCGCCAGCGCGGCUGAC